AUGAGCGCCCUCGGUAACGAACUGGACUUUUUCCCGCCCUACGAUCCACCACCGUCCAUCCAACCAGAACAGCAGCAGCAGGAUCCCCUCGACCCGGUCACGAUGCACAAGACGGCCCCCUUUCCCGGCUUCACGGCUCUGUCGGAGCAGGUCUUUGUCCGCGAGGCGCCCGUCAGCGACGGCCCCCGCCCCGCCGGCCAGCCGCACACCGUCAUGCUCUACGGCUGGGGCGACGGCACGGCGCGCAACGUGCAAAAGUACACAGACGGCUACGCGGCGCUGUUCCCGCACGCACGCCAGAUCGCCGUGCUCUCGCCCAUCGCCAAGGCCAUGUUCAACAGCGCCGCAGCCCGCGCCGUCGCCAUGACGCCCGUCGUCGACACGCUCGGCGCCCUCGACACUGACGACGACGGCAACGCCGACGCCGACGCCAUCCUCGUCGAGGCCAUGUCCAACACGGGCGCCGUCAACUUCAGCGCGACCCUCGACGCCUUCGCCGCGCGUCACGGCCGCCCGCUGCCCCACCGCCUGCUCGUCCUCGACUCGACCCCCGGCAGCCCGUGGCUCACGUGGCCGUCGCUGCAGCGCUGGUCGCGCGCCAUGACCAUCGGCACCGCCGCCUGGUUCCCCUGGCCCUUCGCCGUGACCCAGUGCCUCUGGGGCUCCUUCCUGACCGUCAACGUCCUGGCCGGCUGGUGCGUCGGCCGCGAGGCCGCCGGCGCCUUUGCCCUGCGCGUCACCGACGACGACGCAUUUGAGACCAAGGACGCCCGCCGCCUGUACCUCUACAGCAAGGAGGACGACCUCAUCACCUCCGACGACGUCGAGAUGUACAUGGCCGAGUCGAGGCAGAAGGGCUACCAGCUGCGCGCCGAGCUGUUCGACGGCAGCGGCCACGUCGGCCACAUGCGCAUGCAUCCCGAGAAGUACUGGAAGGCCAUCGCCGACGCGUGGGCCUGGGCAAACGAGGAGCCGAAACGCGGGUAG